CAUAAUAGAUAUCGUCGGUUGGUUGGCUCAGUUCCACUCGCAUGGAGUGCGAGUUUGGAGGCAAUGGCAUAUGAAUGGGCACGACAUCUUUCUUUAACAGGAUCGUUUGAGCAUUCUAGGCAACCCUCUUAUGGCGAGAAUCUAUAUCAAAGUAACAGCGCAAAUGAUGAAACCUGCAACCAGCCAACAUAUUCCUGGUUUGAAGAAUGGCGGCUUUACCAAGGUCAGCUCAUCGGAGAAGGAAAUCCCAAUCUAUAUGGCCACUACACUCAAAUGGUUUGGCCUUCCUCCACCCAGCUUGGAUGUGCAUAUGGCGAACGUAAUAUGGGACAAACUAGGUCUCGUAAUAUUGUCUGCAAGUAUUUGCCAGCUGGAAAUGUUCGGGGUAAA